AUGAUUUUACUGCACUCAUAUAAUCAUUUUCCUACAAAGAAUGAUAAUCAGGAUCCAAAACAGUUGCAGCAGCCUCAUACUUCUCAUGCGUUUGCUCUUUGUCAAGUCAUGCCAAAUAACCUAAAUGGCGGGCCUUUCCUCACUUCAGUUCUCUAUUGUGCUGGUGUUAGUGAUGAAAGACAAGGUUCAGAUUCAAAAAGUGUUGUAGAGAUAACAAAUGGUUCUUCAGAGGAUACUAAAGAGCAAAUCUUGCAAAGGAUAUUUUUUGUUUUGUUUUGCAGAGGAUACCCCUCACAUUUUCCCAAAUUACCCCUUCCUCUACAAUGUUUUUUUGUUUCUGUGUAUUUUGUGCAUCAGGUAAAGUCGAUGGAAGAAAGGAAUAUGAAGCCACUUGAUUCAAAUCUUGCAUCAUUAUCAGCAAGAUGCAGUAAAGACUUGGAGUUGAAUUUGGCUAAGUCAUUCUUGAGUGAGAUUAGCCAAUGUACAACUGCUUAUCCAUAUAAUUAG